CCAACCUUUCGCCUGUUUACACCAUUUCCCUCAUUUUUAACUAUUUCCCUUUUUCGCCGACACCUCUCUCUCCUUCUCUCUCUCUCAUUGAUUACUCUAAGCUUCGAAUCUCCCUUUCUCUCUCACUCACUGUCCCUUUCUUUAAUGGCGAUGCCUCUAACAACUGACUCUGAUCUCAAUCUGUUCCAUAUUAACUCCUCCUCCUCCUCUUCUUCUUCAUUGCUUCUUGCGAGUCCAGGAGACCUUAACAUGUGUUCUGCCUCACCCGAACUUAGACUUUAGACAUCACAACUUCAAUCAUGCCUGUGAAGCAAGUAGCUGCUUGUUUUUGUUUUAUGAAUCGUUCAAUGUUGCUACUCAAUGGGUUUCUCUGGCUCGCUUUGAUCUCUGCUCUGCCUUUGGUUCUUUGUAAUACGGAUGCCAAUGAUGUGCAAGCUCUUCAGGUUAUGUACUCUUCACUGAACAAUCCUUCUCAGCUUACUAACUGGAAAAGUGGUGGUGGCGAUCCUUGCGGAGAGUCCUGGAAAGGGGUUGCUUGUGAGGGUUCAGCUGUUGUUUCCAUUGACGUCUCUGGAUUAGGGCUCAAUGGCACAUUGGGAUACUUGCUUUCUAACCUUAUGUCAUUGAGAAAAUUCGACUUGAGCAACAACAACAUUCAGGAUUCAAUCCCGUACCAGUUACCACCUAAUCUUACGAGCCUAAACCUUGCGAGAAACAACUUCAGUGGGAAUCUUCCAUAUUCCUUUGCUAACAUGGGCUCCCUCACUUUUUUGAAUGUAAGCCAUAAUUUUCUCAUGCUGUCCAUUGGAGAUGUUUUCGGCAGUCAUGCUGGCAUGACAACCCUGGAUCUCUCCUUCAACAAUUUCAGUGGGGAUCUUCCUAAUUCACUCAGUUCAUUGUCUAAUCUGUCUACCCUGUAUUUGCAGAACAAUCAAUUUACUGGCUCUCUUAGCGUUCUUACAAGCUUGCCUUUGACUACUUUAAAUGUUGCGAACAAUCAUUUUAGUGGAUGGAUACCUCAAGAAUUAAGUACAAUCCCCUCAUUUAUAUUUGAUGGAAACUCUUUUGACAAUGGACCUGCUCCUCCUCCACCACCAUACACUCCUCCUCCUCCUGGUAGCUCUCGUCGUAAUCGAUCUAGGGAACAUGCUCCCCCAGAUUCUAAUGGACAGUCAUCCAAUUCAGACAAGGGAUUGACAGCUGGACAUAUUGUGGGCAUAGUUCUUGGUUCAGUGUUCCUGCUUGUUGUUGCAUUGGUGGCUGUUAUUUUUUGCAUUCGAAAGAAUAAAAAGAAGGAAAGUAGUGUUAGAACGCCCAGGGGAAGUCUAUCUGUUGUCUCAAAUGAUGUAACUGCGGAGAUGCAGGAGCAGAGAGUGAAAAGUGUUACUGCUGUUGCAGAUUUAAAGCCCCCCCCUACGGAAAAGUUGACAACUGAGAGAGUACUUGUGAGUACUGGAUCUGUAAAGAGAAUGAAAUCACCAAUCACUGCUACUUCAUAUACUGUUGCUUCUCUUCAAAUGGCCACAAAUAGCUUCAGUCAAGAAAAUCUUAUUGGAGAAGGGUCUCUAGGUCGGGUUUACAGAGCAGAGUUUACUAACGGGAAGGUGAUGGUGGUUAAGAAGAUUGACAAUGCUGCACUGUCACUGCAAGAGGAAGACAAUUUUCUUGAAGCUGUUUCAAAUAUGUCACGCCUGAGGCAACCAAACAUUAUUACCCUGGUCGGAUACUGUGCUGAGCAUGGGCAACGCCUUUUAGUUUGUGAAUAUGUGGGUAAUGGGAGUCUGCAUGAUAUGCUGCACUCUAUUGAGGAUGGUGGCAAGAUACUAUCUUGGAAUGCACGUGUUAGGGUGGCACUUGGCACUGCUCGGGCCUUAGAGUACUUGCAUGAGGUGUGCUUGCCUUCUGUUGUACAUAGGAAUUUCAAGUCUGCAAAUAUUUUACUUGACGAAGAGCUCAAUCCCCACUUGUCAGAUUGUGGUUUAGCUGCUCUGACGCCAAACACUGAACGGCAGGUUUCGACACAAAUGAUCGGAUCAUUUGGUUAUAGUGCCCCUGAAUUUGCCUUAUCUGGUGUAUAUACUGUAAAAAGUGAUGUAUACAGUUUUGGUGUGGUCAUGUUGGAGCUUUUGACUGGUCGGAAGCCACUAGACAGUUCAAGAGUGAGAGCAGAGCAGUCAUUGGUGAGAUGGGCUACGCCCCAACUACAUGAUAUAGAUGCCUUGGCUAAAAUGGUUGAUCCGACCUUGAAUGGAUUGUAUCCUGCAAAGUCACUGUCACGAUUUGCUGACAUUAUUGCCCUCUGCGUUCAGCCGGAACCCGAGUUUCGUCCCCCCAUGUCUGAAGUUGUGCAACAAUUGGUGCGGUUGGUGCAAAGAGCAAGUGUGGUCAAGAGGAGAUCUAGUGAUGAGCAUGGAUUUUCAUACAGGACCCCCGAUCAUGAGGCCAUAGACAUGUCGUUUUAAGGAUCCUAUACCUUCCCUAAAACUCGCAAUACCUGCAAUCAUGUUUGCUCUCUGGAGAUGACCAAGAAGUCCAGAGAUCAUGUUGCUGCCCGGCGAAGUUAAACAAGUAUUUAAAAUGGGAUCUGGAGAAUAUGUAAUCAGGUCUCAGUUACAUUAUUUCACUUUUAAGUUGAUCUUUAGUUGUAUAUGCCGCUGUAUAUUGUAUUUACAAAUUUUGAUGGAUAUUAUGGUGCUCAUUGACAUCAGCGUUCUGUGGCACAAUAAAAUUUUCGCGAGUUCAAGCCAA